AUUCCUUAGCUGCCUGUUCAGCUUUGUGUCUGAGCUUUCUGAGCACAUAAAGGUGAAAGCUGAUAAGGGGGAGGAGGAUUCUGCUCUCGACACAGAGUACAUCAGCUUCUUUCCAAACUUCAUCUGGACUGUGCGGGACUUCACCCUUGACCUUGAGAUUGAUGGGAAGGUGCUGACGGAGGAUGAGUAUCUGGAGAGAGCGCUGAUGCUGAAGAAGGGCCGGAACAGGGAGGUGAUAGAGUACAACCUUCCGCGUCAGUGCAUCCGUGAUUACUUCCCCACACGCAAGUGCUUCGUGUUUAUCAGGCCGGCCAGUGAAAGGGACAUGAAGCAACUGGAGACGCUCUCUGACAGCGCCUUACAGCCCGAGUUCCUGGAGCAAAGCGACAGAUUCUGCCAGUACGUUCUCCGGGAGUCGAAGGUGAAGAUGCUGAAAGGAGGGCACCACAUCAAUGGGCGAAUGUUUGGCAUGUUAGCCCAGAGCUACGUGGACACCAUCGUCAGUGGGAAGGUGCCCUGCCUGGAGAAUGCAGUGACCACCCUGGCCACCAAGGAGAAUGAAGCUGCCAUCAGGGAGGGUCUGGCUUACUACGUGGCCCAGAUGGAGGAACGGGUCAAGUUCCCGGCGGAGGUGGCCGUGCUGUCUGAGACACAUGGGAAUUGUGAGAAGGCAGCCCUGCAGCUGUUCAUGCAGCGAUCCUUCAAGGACGAGGAUCAGAAGCACCAGGAGCAGCUGGCAUUUGAGAUAAAUGAACAUUACGGGACUGUGCUAAACAAGAACAAAAUGACUUCCCAAGAGAUCUGCCAGACGCUGCUCUCCCAGCUGUCAGCUGACAUGGAGGGAAAGCUCAGAGAUGGGGUUUACAUGCAGCCUGGUGGGUAUGAGGUGUAUGUGAAAGAUCAGAAACAAGUGGUGGAGAGUUUCCAGAGGACACCCAACAAAGGAGUCAUGGCAGAGCAGGUACUGGAGCAGUUCAUGGACAGUAAGAAGGCAGAAGCUGCCACCAUUGUCACGGCUGACAAAAUGCUGACAGAUGUACAAAAGCGCCUGGCGGCUGAGCAGGCAAGAGUGGAGCGGCUGGAGCAGCAGCACAAGGCAGAGGAGGAGAGAAGUCUGCAGCUGGAGCAGCGGAUGAGAGAUGAGGAAUGCAGCCACCAGGAGAAAAUUAGACAGGUGGAAGCCAAGAUGGAGGAAGAGAUCACCAAGAUGAGGCAGGAGAUGGACAGAACCAUGGAGUGCAAGCUGAAGGAGCAGGAGAAGCUGUUGCAGCAGGGCUUCACAGAGCAAGCCAGGCUGAUGAAAGAGGAGAUGGACGUGUUGCAGAAGCGGGGAAAGGAGAGAGAGGAGAAGCUGCAGCAGCAAUUGCGAGAGAUAGAAGAAAAGGAGAAGCAGCGCCAGCAUGAGAGAGAAGAAAAGGAGAAGCAGCGCCAGCAUGAGAGAGAAGAAAAGGAGAAGCAGCGCCAGCACGAGGAGCGCCAGCGAGAGAGAGAAGAAAAGGAGAAGCAGCGCCAACACGAGCAGCGCCAGCGAGAGAGAGAAGAAAAGGAGAAGCAGCGCCAGCACGAGGAGCGCCAGCGAGAGAUAGAAGAAAAGGAGAAGCAGCGCCAGCAUGAGGAGCGCCAGCGAGAGAUAGAAGAAAAAGAGAAGCAGCUCCAGCGAGAGAGAGAAGAAAAGGAGAAGCAGUGCCAGGGAGAGAUAGAAGAAAAGGAGAAGCAGCUCCAGCACGAGGAGCACCAGCACAAGAGAGAAGAACAGGAGAAGCAGCGCCAGCAUGAGAGAGAAGAACAGGAGAAGCAGCGCCAGCACGAGAGAGAAGAACAGGAGAAGCAGCGCCAGCACGAGAGAGAAGAAAAGGAGAAGCAGCGCGAGCAUGAGAGAGAAGAAAAGGAGAAGGCGCGCCAGCACGAGAGAGAAGAAAAAGAGAAGCAGCGCCAGCACAAGCGAGAAGAAAAGGAGAAGCAGCGCCAGCACGAGGAGCACCAGCGAAAGAGAGAAGAAAAGGGGAAGCAGCGCCAGCGAGAGAUAGAAGAAAAGCAGAAGGAAUGCCAGUGACAGCAGGAGGCCGAAGAUAAGGAAAGGGCACAUCAACAGCAGAUUGAGCUGGAGAAACUGAAGCAGCAGCAGAGAAGUUGCUUAAUAUCCUGAGCCUGGUUAGAUCCUGCACUGAGGGGACUGAAGAAACGUUCAGGUGAUUCAGGGGGAACGAUGGUCACCCAAGCUUUACAAAAUCCACUGCUGAAGCCAGUCUGGGGCUAGUGACCGGCUCUGGGGGCUCUGCUCUGUGCUCUCCUUGCCCAUCUACUGUGACACCCCCCUCUGCCCUGUUAGAGUUCAAUGUACAAGUUAGUUUUCCUGUUGCAUCUGCUGUGUGGUGGGGUUUGCUUGUGGAGACUAAAGCUUUCUGUAGCACUGAGUUAGCACCUCUGCAGUUUAUUCUCUUCAAUUCUCUGUCACUGUGUUUGCUCUAACAGCCGACACCAGCUGCAGCACUGACAGGUGGUGGCAUCAAGCUGGUGUCUGGCCUGGUUUGUUCCCAACUUCAAGGAGGUGGUGCUGAGCACUGGGCCAGGCUGUCUGAGUUCUGGGGAUCAGGCUGGGAAUCUCCUCACUCUCUGGCUUGCCCCUUGCCGGUUGCUCGCUGCUCAUGACUCUGGAGAGCUUUUAAAUUUGGAUUGCAGCCCAAUCUAUGAAUCAUAGAUUAAUUUUAUUGAUUACUUAAGAACUCCCUGUUAUCAGUGAGGGUUGACAGGUUCUUGUCCCAGGAUCAAUGUUCCCUCUAAUUUUUUUCCAUUCAUGUGCAGAAUAAA